AUGGUGCCAUCCAGUCUGCACAUCCUCGGGCCCCCCGUGAACCCAGACGGCAGCGUCGGCGUCGUCGUGUGUGUGUGUGUGUGUGUGUGUGUGUGUGUGUGUGUGUGUGUGUGUGUGUGUGUGUGUGUGUGUGUGUGUGUGUGUGUGUGUGUGUGUGUGUGUGUGUGUGUGUGUGUGUGUGUGUGUGUGUGUGUGUGUGUGUGUGUGUGUGUGUGUGUGUGUGUUGGUUUGACCGCCUUCAAAGGGUGCUCCUCAGCCUGUGCCUCAGCAAACCCACUCUGGUUUCGCUCGCUCUCAGGUGUUGGCGGUAUUAUCUUGCUGCCAGCUCUCAUUCAGCUGCCAGAAGUUCAGCUUCAAGAAGCCAUUGCAUCGUGUUUGUUUGCCUACAUUUUCGCCGGCAUCACCGGUGGUUUUGUCUAUCAAUGGCAAGUGGGCGUCAACUGGCACACGGCCAGCUGGCUCAUCCUUGGGGCCUUGCCGGGUGCCUUUGCGGGAGCUUUCACGUUGACCUACGUGCCAGAUCUAGCCAUCAAGGCAGUGCUCUUUGGCUGCAUUCUGCUAACCACUGUCUUUUCACUCUAUCGUGAUUGCCAUCAACGGCGAAACACCCCUUCCGAAGCGAUCUCAAGUGAAAUGUUGCCAUCCAACAACAACUCGGCCGCUCCAGACCAGGCACAAGAUUUUGUAGCAUCACAUGAGGUGCUGGAGCUUUCCUCAGUAACAGAAACAGUGUCACCAUCUCACGGCAUCUUGGCUAGUCCUGGUCAAGAGCCGGACUCAACUGCUUUGGCUCGGACCAAGUGA